AUGAGCCUCCCAGGCAGGAGGAGAGGGAAGCUCGGCCUUGGAAAUCUGAGCGGUUUGGUCCAGGCCAGGAGGAAAUUGAAAAACUUCCCAAGCAAAACGGCUACUUCCCGAAGAGAUAAAAAGCAGCUCAAGGUUAUAAAUCCGUGCCAACCUGCGGACCCAGAGGUCAGGGUCAGGCUGGAGGCUGGAGAAGGGACAUCAGCGUGCCCGCCCCGGGGAGCAGAAUGCCAGAUCCGGCGGGGCGCAGGGAGCCCCAAAAUGCUGGGGUCCCAGGGGUCCAGGAGGCCCCAGCAGAUGCUCAGCCGCCCCGUUCAGAGGCGUGGCGCCGGGGUCCAAGCGGCUCCCACGCGGGGGCAGCGCUCACGCCGGGCCCCUCCCCGCGCGGCCACCGCUUGCCUGUGUGGUGCGCGAGUGGCUGUCCUCCUGGAAGCCAACUUUGACAGGUUCACCCAGAGGAAGCAUACCCUCCGGGAAGACGGUGAAGGGCUGGCAGCGUCUCGUUUCCUAAACCCAGAACCUGAGCUGAACCAGGAGGCUGGCUGA